CUCCUGCUAGGCAUGCAGGCAGCUCUCCACCCUUUGCCCCACGGAGAGCCAGAGCCUGGAGGCAGCUCGGCUGGUGGGCACCGGGGCUAGGUAAAAUGCCUCCCUCAGCAGGGUCCCCCUUGCUCUGGGCCUGGCUGCUGCAUGCUCUGUAUUGCUCUGGACCGGCUAGGAGCAGCCCCGGCCCCUCUUCCCCGGCAGGACGCUGCAGCCCCAGUGAAUACCUGAGCACCCAGACUCAGCGCUGCAGCCCCUGUGGGAAGCACGAGGUGAAAAGCCCUGAAGGCCUGAGGUGCAUCUGUGCCGCCGGGCUGACCGGGGCAGGCCAGGCCCACCCUGCGGGGGACUGCAAAGCUUGUAGUCCCCGGCAGCCUGCCUCGCUGUGGGAGUCUGCCUUCCUGGACAGCAGCUUUUUGGCUUGCAAUAGCUCCUGCAACCUCACAGCCUGCCAGCUCCUCACCAACACAGUUAUUCUGAACGCCUUCUCCUUGGAAACCAGGGCCUUCGACCUGUACACAAAGGCUAGAGGCCAAACCCUUCCCGAACUGUUUUACCGCAGACCCGAGACGUCUCCAGGAAGGGGAGUUCCCCAGUUCCUCUCCUGGAAGGGCUCGAAGAUCGGCCUUAAGGUUGUGAAGUACGAUGUCCGAGGAAACUUCCUAGGCUGGGAGGAUGUGAAGGGUGGCACGUUGCAGCUCUGCACAGACCGUCAGAGCGUGCUGGAUGCCGCCUUCUCCUUCGGCACGUCCUACCAUCAGUCCUGCAGGGUCCAGGUGUCUGACCUGCUGCGGCGUGUCCCUGAGCCCACGCUCUACGAGCUGUUCCUGGAGUUCCCGGAUGACCAGGGCAAUCCCUGGCUGUGCCCGGUGCCUAUCGCCAAUCCCCAGCUCCAGCUGAGCGACCACGCCGCCUUGAAUUCGCAGCCUCUGAGACGGUUCUUCCUUGUCGACGGGCUCUCGGGCAGAACAGGGAACCUGGCCAACCCGCCGGCAUCUGUUACACUGGCAGCGGAUCUGCUCCUCAGCAUUUACCUCCCAACCAGUAGCCCUGGAGACCAGCCUCCUUUCCUGUUGACAGUGAAGUACGCAAGGCAAGAGAGCACGGCAAUAACGCAGGUGUCCUUUGCCGUGGCCUACAACCAGAUCCCAGAGGCAUCCCAACAAGUCACCGUUAUAGCGCUUGCAGUCCUGGGGUCGCUGGCAGCCUUGUACGCCUUGCUGAAGACCAGCAGCUGGAUGCGGAGGUCUCGACUUCAGAACAUAGGCCUUGUGGUCAUUAUCAAGUUCUUUGCCUUCUUUGCUGGGUCUCUAGCCAAUGCCUUCUUCGGGGUCACCCUGGGAAUUGGGAUUUACUGGCUCAUUGUUUUCAAGGGCCAGCAGCUUUCGGCAGUGGGGGUCACCCUGCCCCCCGCCGGCAGUCAGCUGGAAACCAACUUCAUUAUCUACCUGUCCUGCGCUUUUGGGUUGAAGGCUCUGGACCUGCUCCACAUCCUGAUCACCCAGCUAACCAUCUCCAUCUUCCUGAUCGACUGGGAGAGGCCCAGGGAGAAGCCAGCGCUCCGAGCAGACCCAGGAGGCCGGCGGGUCGCUUCCUCUGUGAGCAUCUGGAGAACUUUCCUGGUCGCCAACGAGUGGAACGAAAUCCAAACGCAUCGGAAAUUGAAUCCGCUGCUUCAGCUGGGGGCGGUGCUGCUUCUCCUGGAGGUCGUGGGCUUGAAGCACUUGGCGUCGCGUGACCUGACCGUGAAUCUGCACCCUGGCCCUGACUCGUACGUGGUGGCGUGGAGCCCGAUCCUUCGGUUUGGGAUCUCUGCUUCCCUCUGGAUGGCCGUGGCAAUUGUGCAGAUGGCGUUUUUCGUCGGUGUCUACGAGCGGUUCGUGGAGGACAAGAUCCAUCAGUUCGUAGAUCUCUGCUCCCUGAGCAACGUGUCCGUCUUCAUCCUGACGCACAGAUGCUAUGGGUUUUACAUCCACGGGCGAAGCGUGCACGGCCAGGCUGAUGUGGGCAUGGAUGCCAUGUAUGCCUGCCUCCGCAGGGAGGAGGAGGAUCUGUGCCCUCUGAGAGGCCUGGAGCCCAACUCCGAAAUCCAGACCUUCGAGGUGCUCCUCACCGACAGAGUCCGACAGCUGUAUGACAAGAUAACGCAGCCUUUCGCGGAGGUCCCCGGAGGCAAGAGGUGCAGAUCCGAUGUGCACGAGCAAAGACUCAAGAGCUAUUACACCCUGAACCGAUUCCUCAGCUCCUUCCUCGAACACGCUUACAGAGACAUGGACUAUGUGGUGAAGGACAAGUUCUUCCUGGAGCGGGUCCUGGACAUGGAGUUUCAGGAGCUAGGAGACAUGUCCGUCCUCUACAAUGAUGACCAUGCCUUGUUCAGCAGGACUCUCUUCUACAAUAACGAGCUGGCCUUGCUGCUCUUUGAUGCCCUGCUCUUCUCGGUCGUCGAUCUGGGGGCGCAGGACUUUGUGCUGGCAGCAAUCAGCACCUUCCUUGUGCAGAAGGUGGUGGAGAUGGUGCGAAAUGCACUGGGGAGAAGAAAUCUGGCUGCAAAGACACUGGUGGAGAAGCGAUUCCUGAUCUAGACACGAACGCGACUAUUCCAGAGCAGGAAUGGCGCGUCUCUACUUGGGGCUAGUGUGAAGAGCGAGAAAACCUCUCUGGUCCUUUCGAUGUCCUUGGCCUAAGAGAGAAGCGGGGAGAAGUUGCUCCAACUUUCUCUCCUAGUUACUCUAGGCAAAGAUCCAUGCUCCCAUCCAGCCUGGGUGACCAAGCCAGCGAUCGUGCUGCCUCCCUACUACUCCUGGUUUCCCACGUGUGUCUGAUUUCCAACCCAAGGAUUCCUGUCUGCUGAGCAAACCCUGCAAGAGUCUUGGUGCUCGUGUCUUUUUAACAGAGAGACUAAGGGCCAAUGAGCCUGGCUCUGUGAAGCAGCCUCCUUUGCUUUCCUGUUUCCCAUCAAGAAGCAUCUGUGGGGGGGUAGGGGUACACGAAUCCCCUGGGCUCUCUCACCCGGGUGUCAGAGCUGCACAUCUCAUGGAUGGCUUUUGCACCAGUGGGGUUUGCAAGGGCAAAUCCAGCAAUGGGGCUCAAGCAGGGAUCACCUUCUGCAGCAUGGGCACCUGCUUUCCUCCUCAUUCAGACCCCAGCUGUCCCCUUUUCUUCCCUGUGGCUCAGGCAUCCUUGAGUUUCUGGACUACAGAGGUCAGCCCCACUACCUGCAGGGAGCCAGGGCUAAGUCCCAGGCCAGCUCUUUUCAUCUCUGGAGAUGCAAAGGGCCAGGCAGAAUUAGCCAGGCAGGAUGGGACCAGCCCCUGGGUUUGAUUCUGCUUUGCACAGUCAGCAUCUCUAGCCUCUCCCCAGAGCUCCUGCAUGGAUUGCAGCCCUCCAAACACAAGGCCAGAUGCCAAUGUUUCAGCUUCAGGCCUGACCUGGCAAUCCUGGGGGACUUUGGUAUCUGCCCCAAUUUGAAGGAACGUAGCCUUUCAUCGAGCCUUAGCAAGACCCAACGGGGCAGAGUUCCCCGGCUCCUGAGUGUUGGGCUCUCCAGUCCCCCCAACCUUGAAAGUCUUGCUCCUUUUUACUGCUCGGGGUGUUUAUGCCAGAAAAUGCGGUGGAGGUGACAGAGCUUCGUUUGCACUGAUUCCUGGGGAUUUACGCACAUGCUUAAACUUAAGUGGGGGUUUAAGUGUUGGCUGGAAGAGGGACACUUUCCUGAACGGGGGCCAAACUGUCUGAGGAGAGCAGCCCAUCCCAACACAGCUUGGGCUGUGCUGCAAAGAUGUCUAUUUAUGGGAUGAAUUUUUUUUUUUAAACCCUGGAAAAGUGGCCAAGAGCUGCAAUCGGCAACGGUUUCCCCAGGCUGCAAUAAAUAGCUCCUUCCUCUCUG